AUGGAUACCGUUUACGGCACAAAGAAAUAUUUUCAGAGCCUCUCGGGCGCCAGUGAUAUCUAUCGUACGCCGGCGGGUCGCGCUGUGUCCAACGAUUACACCUACCAAAACACAUUGGGACGUCGCUCGACACUUGGGGCCUACUACCAUAUGAACAAACAACCUUCGUACACGAACGAACACAGUCUAAAUAGUCAAUACAGUUAUAAUGCGUGGGGCAUAUGGCGUGAUGGACGCAAUAUAGCGCCCUCAACAUUCUCCGCCAAAACGCAUACACACUACCAGAAGCCGCGUUCAUUCUCCAUCAUACUCACGACCGCAGUGUUUAUUGUGCUACUCGCCGUGAUCUCAAUAGCCGGACUGGCGUUCUACUUUAGUUCGGUGAAAGCGAAUAUGGAGGAUCCUGUGUUGGGUUUCGAGGGUUCGUUUCGCAUAGCGAAGGGUGACCUCUUCUCGACGGGUUUAAAGUAUAAUCAUACGACGACUUAUAAGCAGAAAAUCGAAUUUUAUAAACGUUUCAUUGAACGUUCGCUGAUGGAUAACGGUUUGCAGCCGUUGCGUGUGGACACGUGGGGCUUUGGUGAGGGACCGCUGAUAAAGGUGUCUUUUCGCACAUUUUUGGAUGUGAGAAAAUUGCCACAAAAUAUACAUAGCGUUGAGGACUACAUCAAGGAAUCACUCUUUCUGGAAACCACCGCAGCUAAGUCGCUUUAUCGCUCGCUGCGUAUAGAUGCCGAGUCUGUGGAAAUCAAACGUAUACUGGAUGAGUCAGUUGUGCGUGCUGCGUCGCUCUUCAAGGAUGCUGUGCAGCAGCCCACUAGUCAGUCACAGCUGGAGAAGCGUCUAAUGAAGAAACCCAAUGCGCCAACUCUACUCUCGAAGCCAGCUACCACCGUUAAACCACGUACUACACAUCGUCCACACUCAGUCGAUGAUGAACCCGAUGUCGAUGUCGAGAAUGCGCCAGUUAUACAAGGUUCCUUCGAGGGUUCAUUCGAAAUUACUAAAACCGAUGCCGAUAUCUCACGCAAGAAGGUGACGCCGACCAAGGCAUACACCAGCUUACCACCGAAGGCGGUUACACCAUUUGCAUUGCGCGUCAAGCCGAAGAAACCAUCGAUAGAAAAACUUACGACCAUCAUACCACAGAAUCAGCCUUCACCAACGACUUCUGCCGCAACAUCGACAAGUACUACGCGUGGCACUAGCACUGUUAAAACUACACGCACCACUUCGACCACGACCACUAGUACGACUACCACAACAACAACUACGACACGAAAACCGACUACAACAAGCACCAGCAGCACCACGACUACCACAACUACAACUACACCACCACCAACUCCACCACCCACUACAACUACUACGUCUACCACAACAACAACAAGUACAACCGCAAAACCCGCAACCAUUCUACCGCUAACAUAUCCACCUCCUACCGCUUUUUCGCCGAAACAACAAUUCAGUUUGCCACCGAUGACUACACCGUCCAUUACCUUGAGUGUGCCGAAGUUGGAUGCUAACCUCUUUGCUUCCGUGCCUGUGCUCGAUACACAACCUUGGCGUCCGAUACAUCGUGAAGUGCCUGAACUGUUGCCUGGACCCCCGCCGGCCUUUCCCACAAAAACACUUGCUAAUGUAGACAAGCCAAUGCCCGUGGCACCACUCGCACCGGCCUACAGACCUGAUCUACCAAUGCGACGAAAUGAUGAAAUGGAGUUGCCGUUUAUACCGGACAACCCCUCACCGCCGACACCGUCCGCCUUCAAUCCAUACGCUUCCGGUUACUUUGGUACCGCUGUGCGAAAACCGGAAAUCAGCGCAGAAGCUACGAAUCCACAAGAUAUGUUAUUCUAUCACAGUUUCGGUAAUCCGGUGUUCAUGCCUGGCACUGAAGAUAUAGAACGUUUAGGUGCAGGCGCACAUGUGAAGCCACAUCCAUUGCCGGUGCCGCUAAUCGACGAUGUUCUCAUACCACCAUUUAAACCGCUCAUACCGGGCAUGGAUAAAGUGCCGAUUGAGAGCAAUGAGAAGUUUGAGCAUCUCGGCGGCGGUGUGAUCGUUAAGAAGCACGAGUUGGAGUUGGCGACUGGUCAAGAGAAGUCGAAACCUAACACCGAGUUCGUGGCUAGUGAUGCCGAUAAUGAGAGUGAGACCGAAAUUCCAACGUUGCUGCAGCAAUUCGCCUUGGAGGGUGUCACAACCUCGACAUUCAGACCGAAAGUCAGCACACCGAACAUUAAUCGCAUCGAGUCGAGUGCUAAUUCCGAGUUGGCCGACACAAUUGGUGAAUUCUUUAUGGGUUUGUUGAACUUACCAAAAGAAAGUGCACGCAACACGACGAAACCGGCAGUAGAGCCAAUCGAGUCGCGUAUUGAACCAGAGGAAAAUGUGGAAGAGAUGGAGACCGAGCCUGAAUCUAAAGUGGUGCCGAAUGAGGAGGUGCAGGAGGAGGAAGUACAAGAAACCACCAUACCAGUUACGGCAGUGGCGGGUGAACCAGCCUCGGUUGAAACUGAUAGUGUUGAAAAACCAGGGGUGGACGUUAUUGAGGAAAUUGCAACAACAGCAAAACCCACUUUCUUAAAUAUUAAAGAACUCAUACUGAAGCGCAAUCAGGCAAAAAAUCAAACGCGUAAUAUCGACAGCAUAACUGGGCGUCCUACACCCACAACAACACCAACAACUACAACGCCAACCACACCGCCAACACUCUUUAGCCCCACACUCAAGCCGCCAGUGACAAAUUGGAAUCGCCCUAGACCCACAUACAACCAGAAACCACCGACCAUACUUGAUGACUCCAAUCUCUUUCCUUCACAAUCGAAAUGGGAAUUCGUGAAUAGUUCAGCGACCAAUAGCUUCGGCCAUACGGGCAACAUGCGUAAAGUAUUCAAUAAGACGCUGCAGGCGUGGAUUUCCGAGGAUGUGGGCGGUAAUACGGAGGAUAACUUCACGCUUAAUGACAUCAAGACACGCAUAAAUAAUGCGACCAACAUACAAGAUAUUUCGCUUAUCUUCGAUACGCUCGCAUCCAAGUUGGGCAUUACGCCCAUGGUACAAACAAAAGUGCCGCCAUUCUCACAGAAUAAGCUCAAACACACGCAGGUCACGAGCAACAACAGAAGCAAAUUGGCAAACACAACGGCAGUAACAACCGCAACCACCACCACCUCCACAGCACGUCCAUUAGCGUUUAGAGACAAACCGGCAACAAUGACCACAGUGUAUUGGAUGCCCACAACUAGAAGAGGCACAAUAACGGCAGUACCAGCGACCGCAACCAAAAUGCCUUGGACAUCAACAGCAACAACAACGAGACGAAUGACAACUACGACAACAACAGCAAGCACAGCAACGACAAUGCCAACAUUGCGCACGAGGCCAGCCAUAACUACAACAACAACAAUUGCGACGCCGACAACAACAAAAGCACCAACAGUUAUGCCAACAGCAACAACCGACGAACAUUUCAUUGAACUUCCGCUACGACGACAAGAGCCAUUCAUCAAGCCCAUGUCCAGUUUCAUGGAAGACACAUCCUCUGAGGGCAUCGGUGCGGCCAUACCAGUUGUGGGUGAGGCCGAGGUGGAGGUCAUCGACCCAAAUAAAUACGAGGAAAUGUUGAAGUCAUCACAGUUUGCGGCGGAUACCACAACGGAAACGGCACCACAAUUGGUCACAUUGCUGCCCGUACGUUCCAACUCGGGCAUACGCACAUACCGCCCGGCCGUGGAUGAGGAAGCUGAAGCGCGUAGUAGCAGCGGCAAUGAUCAAUUGCCGUUGGCUGAGGGCACCGGUCAGGUGGAAGUUGUGCCAGAAGUGCUGCAUGGUACGGCUGGUGUGGCCGGCCUAGCAGAGGUUGUGGAGGAUGCCGUAAGCGACCCGGUGGUGCCGACAACAUCCAUGCGUCCGAGUGUUGUUACGGCGCCACGACGUGGUGGCGGCUUUUUCGCUGGCAUACGUAGAAAGAGCGACAUUAGUCAGGCGCGAAGGUUUCCGCCAGCCGAAGCGGUCGUCAAAGGUGGUCUACAUGUGAAAGUCAAGUGAGUGGAUUGGUGAGGUGACCAAGAGAAAGAAGCUUCGAAUGGCAUAACUCAAUUAGUGCGAGAUUUCUGCGUUUGCCCUUGCGCUUUGUGCAAAGCUUGAGGUAAAGGAAAAGAGACAAAGUAAGAGUAAAGCAGAAAAACGAAACUAGGAAGGGAAGGAGAAAAAAAUUUGCCUCGGAACAGUUUUAGUUAGGAAAUUUAGACAAAAGUAUUUAGUCAUCUUAAUUGCGUGAGUUUUAAUAACCGGGCUACCAGGUAUCUUCACCUCGUUGGCGUUUAAAACCUAAGUUUAUGUUUCUAUUUUAUUCCACAAACCAGUUCUUGUUCAUUGGUUGUUAGCUGUCAUUACUGAGUAAUUGUCUGACAGUUUAAGCAAUUUCUGAAUGACAACAAUUAAUGUAGCAUGAAAAUUAGGUUACGCAAUUAAUAGGAGCUGCUUUCACAUU